UCCAGUGUGAGGGAGUUCCUCCAGGCCCCGCCCGGAAGCCGCUCGGAACUGCUGGUCCUCGGCGCGCUGUUGGCGGGCCCCAGCACAGUCCGCCGUCUGUUAGUGGUAUCUCCGGGCCCGCGCUGAGCGGUUUCUUGCGGCUGCCAGGAGAAGUGAACCGGGAACCAUGAGCGUGGGCUUCAUCGGCGCCGGCCAGCUGGCCUGUGCGCUGGCGCGCGGCUUCACGGCCGCAGGCAUCCUGUCAGCUCACAAGAUAAUGGCCAGCUCCCCAGAAAUGGACCUGCCCACGGUGUCCGCGCUCAGGAAGAUGGGCGUGAACCUGACGCGAAGCAACAAGGAGACAGUGAGGCACAGUGACGUCCUGUUCCUGGCCGUGAAGCCGCACAUCAUCCCCUUCAUCCUGGAUGAGAUUGGGGCUGACGUGCAAGCCAGGCACAUUGUGGUCUCCUGUGCAGCCGGUGUCACCAUCAGCUCUGUGGAGAAGAAGCUGAUGGCAUUCCAGCCAGCCCCCAAAGUGAUUCGCUGCAUGACCAACACGCCUGUGGUUGUGCGGGAGGGCGCCACAGUGUAUGCCACCGGCACCCAUGCCCUGGUGGAGGAUGGGCAGCUCCUGGAGCAGCUCAUGAGCAGCGUGGGCUUCUGCACCGAGGUGGAAGAGGACCUGAUCGACGCCGUCACAGGGCUUAGCGGCAGCGGGCCUGCCUACGCGUUCAUGGCCCUGGACGCCUUGGCUGAUGGGGGGGUGAAGAUGGGCCUGCCGCGGCGCCUGGCAGUCCGACUGGGGGCUCAGGCCUUGCUGGGAGCUGCCAAGAUGCUGCUGGACUCGGAGCAGCAUCCAGGCCAGCUCAAGGACAAUGUCUGCUCCCCUGGGGGAGCCACCAUCCAUGCCCUGCACUUCCUAGAGAGUGGGGGCUUCCGCUCUCUGCUCAUGAAUGCGGUUGAGGCCUCCUGUAUCCGAACGCGAGAGCUGCAGUCCAUGGCUGACCAAGAAAAGAUCUCCCCAGCUGCCCUUAAGAAGACCCUCCUGGACAGAGUAAAGCUGGAAUCCCCCACAGUUUCCACACUGGCCCCCUUCAGCCCAGGGAAGCUCCUCACAAGAAGCUCAGCCCCAGGAGGCAAGAAGGACUAAGGCAGCCUCUACCCUCCUCUCUGUGAUCCAGAGCCCUCGAUUGAGGGGCCUUGGCCCCCGUCGCCCCUCCCCAGCCAGCUGUGUGAGGACAGGGCAGGCUCAAGUAGUUUUUUUUUUCCGAUCCUUGUGAUAAAACCUCCUUAAAUCUGAUCAGACCAAGCAA